CCCGAGGCGGUGACCUGAAUCAGGGCUUUGUAGAUGUUGUGUAGUAGUUGUUGUUGUACGACGUCUUAGCCCUUCCGUCCUGGUCGUCUCGGAUAUACUCCAGAUAUACACAAUAUCUACAUACGGGAUUUGCUGCAAAUUUCACGAUUUCUCCCUUCAGUUGGACAAGAAGGAAUCCCUUGCUUCACGUGAUAAAUAUAGUUGGGAGACACCCUUGUGACGUCAUCCACGCCCAUGUUUGGAUCGAUCACCCACCUCAGGCGAAAAGUUGUGAAUUUUUUAUCAGAGGGCGGCGUUAGCUUCUAGCGAAACCGCUAGAGGAAAAAUUAUACGCCCAUUCAUUCGUUAUUGAAUGGAAAACCCGGAACCUAUCGAGGCAAAAUGGCGAGAGCAGUUUGCGGAUGCACCAAUACCAAGCGUGCUCGCCGGCCGUGACGAACACGGUACAUCAACAAGGGACUUGCGUCUCUUUCUACAGGUGACAAGAGACAAAAUAACUCAACUCAGGGUAGAGUUAGAACAGCAGGAAUUUAUUCAGAAGACUUUGGAGGCUGAACUGAAAGACCGAGAAGAGAAAGAAAAAUGUGAAAAGGACGACAAGUUCAUAAAUGAUUAUGUUUACAGUUUUGUCGGCAAAGACAAAAGGUGCGGUUAUCCACCAUUUUCUUACGACCCGGAAUUGGUUGAUGCAAGGCGUGACAGUGAUUGUGUGACGCGAAGCGGGAAGAAUGACCAGUCACCUGAAAGAACAGUGAAUGGGAGUGGCAAGAUAGGGACGAGCGAUUCAUUUCUGCGAAACUAUCAACAGAGAAAGCACAUUUCGUGGUCGCAUUCAAGGGGGGACAACUCUGUCGCGACUCGAGCACCUGUCCCAAUUUACCACUCGAAAAUAACAGUCAUCGAUUCAGACACGGACUCGGACUAUGGCAAAGUAUGGGUGGUCCCGUCACGAUCAAAACAUGAAGUAACCACGAGGUAUUCAACAGGUAUGUUGCCUGCUUCAAAUUUAAGUUGCAGCUUGUCAUCGAAGCAGCCCCCUCCUGUUCCGAGAAAACCUAGCAAACCGCAACCUGCACCGCGUCUCAGUUUACAUAGAAGUAGCUCGUCUGAUUUGUCACUGCUGAGCACCUUUCAGACAGAGGCUGAUCAACAAUUUAGUUCUCUUCCACGUGAUACAGCUUUGAAUGCUAACACAAUGGCUACAUGUAUGACGGACAAUGGUCUACCUGGCCCUACUGAAAACACUGGUCAAAAUGAUGUCAGCGAAAACGCAUCCCAUGCAAACAGCGACGAGGGGUGUGCCAAACGUUUGUCGAGUAAACAUUCUACAGGACUUGAAUACACAAACAGCAAGUCCGUUAUCACAGAGAGACAGUGUGACAGUUUACCAGUACGCCUGAGCACAGGUGAGAGGCCAGGGAUUCAGGACCUUUGUGCAUCGAGUUUAGUCAGUGCCGUUAACAUAAGCAACUCUUUAACUCAUCUGGAUCAGGUCUCAUGCCAGGAAACUGAAACUCCCUGUCGUCAGACAUUAGAUGAUACAGACAUGAAGAAACUGUAUCGUACAAAGAGCGACAGAAAGCACCUUGACACGGGUGAUGGAGCAAAGUUUGAUCAGAUAGAAGGAACAUAUCGGAAACUUAACGAUGAAUGUACUUAUCGGAAGCUUGAGGAUGAAGGUACCUAUCGGAAACUUGAGGAAGAAUAUUCAACAGUGUCGAUCAAAACUGAGGAUUGUGGGGUUGUCGAUGUUCCUAUGCGGAAUAAACCAGAGAAAAUAAAACCUGACAGCAUUUUGUCAGAUUCGGAACAACAUAAAUCUCAUAGUAGUGCUCAGAGUUAUGAGAAUUGGACAAUUGAUCGUUGUCUUACGAGACAAGAUGAUUCGAAUGACAGCGAUGGAAGUGAUCAUCUGUAUGACAAUAUGGUGUUUGGGGAGGUUUCUCCUGCGUCAACGUUACAGAAACAGCCUUACAAAGGUAGUAAAGACUCAGGAUUGUGCGAUGACUUGUCGACCAACGAGUCCUCGCCAUCGGUGUCUGACAGCGUGAGUGUCACGACGGAGGAAAGUGCUGUAGAUGGUGGUGCAGACAGUUCUGCCAAACCUGCAACAUCGGACGAGUCCGACGACGGAGAUAACGGAGAAUGUGUGGAUGUACAAUCAGACUCCAGUGACGAUGACAAGAAUGCUGACAGCAUCUCCCUUGCUUCCGACAUUGUGUUCAUCCCAGCCUCCGAACUGCCAGCAUCGGCCAAUCAUGAAGCAGAAAGCAGGUCACCUGAGCAGUGCCGGGACUCCCACCCUGAUAUCCCUAUGGCGGUGUCCCCCCAGAUCAAGCGAGUCAUCCUCGAGUCCCCUGUGGUCAGCAGUGGCGAGGAGGAGGUGUCAUUUGAUGAGACUGACGGAGUACCGGAGGAGUUGUCUGCCCGUGACAAGCUGCUGCAGAUGCGGCAGUACAUCGUGAAGGGCGUGCUGGAGAGUGAAAAGAGUUACCUCGCCAUCCUCGAACUCCUCAUCCAUUACAAGAGGUCACUGGAGGCGUCGAGUCAGACCUCGAAACCUGUGAUCUCGGAGGAAGAUAACAACGCCAUCUUCUUCAACAUUAAGAAACUGUAUGCAAUCCACCAGGAGUUCGUCAAGGAGCUCGAGCCAAAGGUCAACAACUGGUCACAUGAUCAGAAAAUUGGCGAAAUCUUCAAAAUGAUGGUGUUCCAGUUCCCCGAGUUCGGCAAGUAUAUGAAGAACUACCAGGUGGCUGUGACCACCAUACACAGGUGCUCCCAGGAAAACCCCCAAUUCCAGGAGAUCGCAGGGAAAGUGACAUUCGGUUCUCAUGCCAAAGAAGUAACAAAUCUGGAAGAUGCCCUGUUCAAGCCUGUUCAGAGAGUGCAGAGGAACGCCCUGGUCCUCCAUGACCUGAUCAAGUACACCCCCGAGGACCACGAGGACCACCGGCUGCUGAGGAAGGCCCUCGAUCUGUCCCAGUACAACCUGGAGGAGAUCUCCUCCACCAUACGGGAGAGUGGAGCCCUGCCUCAGGAGAAGCGCCACCUGGUGAAGAGUAGUUUCCUGGUGGAGCUGGUGUCGGGUCAACGCAAGGUGCGCUACAUCUUCCUCUUCAGCGACGUCCUCGUCUGCACCAAGAAGGACAACAACAGGAAAGCCUCGAACUUUGACGUGAAGUGGAUCAUACCUCUGUGUAGACUCACAAUAGACACACACUUUGACUACCAAGAUGAUUUGAAACACAGUCAUAAGGAGAAUAUCGAGGCGAUGAAGAAGAAGAUUGGACAGCUGAAGUCUGAGCUGAGAGAUGAAGUAAAGUACGAGGAGGCAAGAGUGUCGAAGCACUGGUCCAUCAGUGGGCUAGCUGCCGCCCGCAGUGUGGACAAGCUGAAGAGGAAGAUCCAUGAACUGGAGGCCCAGCUGAUCCUGCAACUGCCCAAGUUGGCGGUCAAGUUGACCCACGAGGGGGGGAAGGUCCACACCCUGCUGAUGACCACCGACUACGAGAGGGAAGAAUGGCUGGAGACCUUGACCUCGCUCUGUAGAAAAUGUGGGCACGAUGACCCAAGUCUGAGCACAUAUGAAGUACAGGAACUGGUCAACACCUCAAAAGCCCUACCUCAGGUCAACAAGUUCGGCUCUGUACUUAUGCAGAAAGAUGAGGAGGUGUUGAACGGGACUCUGAACGUCACGGUCCACAAACUGAACGGCCUGGUGACUCCUUGUGACACCUACUGUUGUGUAGAGAUGGACUCGUACGAUCAUUUCUUCAUGAAGGCACGGACCAACAUCUGUCCGACAUCGGCAGACCCGGCGUGGGAUGAGGACUUCGAGCUGGAGCUGGACGGGAGUCAGACACUCCGCGUGCUUGUGUACAAGAAGGUUGACAACAAGUCGGACAGGCUGCUAGGGAGAGGAGCUCUUGAGCUGUGUAAAUCCUGGCUCAAGACAAAUUUUCAAGAGAAGACAAUUUCCAUGAAUGACGUGUCGUUGGUGAUAUCGGUGCGUCACACCCCAGCUAACCGCACGAUGCGUCGGACUCCCUCCCAGCAGAAGACGGGGGUGUUCGGGGUGAAGAUCAGCACGUCGGCUCGCCGCGAGGGGAAGACCGUUCCCUCCAUCGUGACAGCCUGCAUACAGGAAGUGGAGAAACGAGGCCUGGACGAAACAGGCAUUUACCGAGUGUCAGGGGUCACGUCCGAGGUGCAGAGGUUGAAGAAGGCAUUUGAUAAAAAUGUGCGAUUAGGGACCUGUCACGUGACAGACUGCGACAUCCACGCCGUCACAGGCAUGCUAAAGCUGUACUUCCGUGAGCUGCCGGAACCUCUCUUCACAGAGGCCAACUACACAAACUUCGUGGAGUCACUACGGUUAUCGGACAAGGAAGCUAAGGAGAAGUGCAUGCUGGGACUCCUCCACAACCUCCCCGACGCCAACUACUACACCAUCGUCACCCUGCUGGAGCAUCUAGUCAGAGUUGCAAAGAAUGUGAAGGAGAACAAGAUGACCAUACACAACCUGGCAACUGUCCUUGGUCCGACCUUGCUUGCCCCAGCAGUUAAAGACACAACCACCAACCCGCUAGAAAUGAUGUCCAAAACCACAGAACAGGUGAUGCUUCAGUCAGCCAUUGUCAACUACUUCCUGUCCCUUGCUGCUCAAGGUCGUAGUCUCAGAAGGUCAGCUCAGGUCUAGGUCAAGGUCAACAAAAUGUCACAGGUCAAGGACAUGACCUUUGGAACAAGAUUUCUUUUUGUGAAAUACAUUUCUCAACAAGAUAGAAUUUUGUUCAUUAAAACCUUUUUUGUGUUGUUUGUAUUGAAAGGGUGUAGUGACAUUCAAACAAAAGGUUUGACUCAGUGUACUCUGUAAUAUAUCCGAACUUUCCUUCCAUGUUGAGACCAAAGAUCCAUGAAACAUUCCAUCAUUAACUUCCAACAUUGCAACACAGUAGUGACCUUGUCAGAGAUGUCGGGAACAAUAGUGUCCACAAUGACGCAAGCAACGAGAUGUGGAAGUCGGUUACAGAGAGAAAUCACAGAUGUGAAGUGUCAGGACCUCAGCCUUGUGAACUACUGUUGGCCAUGGUUCUGGGCAGAUGUAACAAGAGAUUUUAGUGUGUGGCACUUUCUUUAUUUAUCACUGAAGAUGACACCAUGAAGCUGAUCUGGGGAUCAGUCAUGACCUCAUGGGAGGUGUAGGAUGUUGGAGUAGAGAAGUGUCAUGAUGUCAUGAAGUGUUGGCUGUUGGAGAAGAGAAGUGUCAUGACGUUGUGAGGUGUAGGAUGUUGGAGAAGAGAACUGUCAUGAUGUCAUGAGGUGUUGGCUGUCAGACAACAGAUUGUCAUGACGUGAGGUGUUGGAUGUUUAAAAACAGAUGUCGUGAGGUGUUGGAUAUCUGAAAAGAGAACUGUCAUGAUGUCAUGAGGUGUUGGCUGUCAGACAACAGAUUGUCAUCACGUGAUAUGUUGGAUGUUUAAAAACAGAUGUCGUGAGGUGUUGGAGAAGAGAAGUGUCAUGUCAUUUCUGAGAAUUUAAGUUCCAUGACGACAUGUGACAUGCAAGAUGACAGAGAACUGAAGUGCCAUGACGUGUGACAUGCAAGGUGACAGAGAACUGAAGUGCCAUGACGUGUGACAUGCAAGGUGACAGUACUGAAGUGCCAUGACGUGUGACAUGCAAGGUGACAGUACUGAAGUGUUAAAAGGAGACUGCAGAAGGUGGAUGGAAGAUGAGGAGGAGCUGGGAACAUGGUCAGACGUCGCUUGCCUUUGCCUUGCUAAUGAAUGUCUACCUACCCACUAUGAGUGAACAUGGCAUGCUUUUCAUAAGCAUGUCUUGCCUGGUCUGGAUCUGGACAAGUUUUAUAAGUGAUGAAGUGCUUUCCUUAGUAGGGGUUAGACAAUGUUCGAGGAGCGACGUACCAUGUUUGUAAUCACAAGUGCUUCAACGUGCUGACUGCAAGGAUUUUAGACAUUGAAGACCAAGACUUGUUUCGUGUGUAUUCCACCAAUAGGCUGUUUUGGUCUGAUUGUGCAACAAGAUUUAAAACGUUUUAUGAUGUAUCUGUCCAGGAGUACGGAAAUCGAAGCCUUUCGAUAUUGCUACAGAGGAAACAACGCUAUGCCUUUCCGGACGUUGUUUAAGACUCCUGUAUUUUCCAGAUUGUUUUAAUUUGCAAAUGAGCUUGCUAUUUAUUUGCCUUGCAUGCAUUGAAGCUAUUUCUAUGACAUUUGAUUGUUACAGUGUUGAUGUGGCGUGUUUGAUUGGAAAAACUGCCAUAGGGCAGAUAUGCUUGAUCUGCCUCUAGUCUUGGACUGCUAGCCAAGUGGCUGUGUGUUGUUACCAGUGUGUCUUUAACAGGUUGCUAUGGAGACAGUUAUGUCUGGAACGUGUUACCAUGGUUUCGUGUGCUGUCAUGUCUGACAUGUUACCAUGGUUACAUGUAGGAGUUAUGCAACAGGUAACAAUGUUUUUUUGUGUUGUUUUGUCAUUGACAUGUUACCAUGGUAACAGAUGUAUGUAUCAGGAUACCAAUUUUAGUCAUUUCACCAUAGUUUCUUGGUUUGGAUGAAACAGACGGAUUACUGUAUUUUAAGAGGAAAAGAUGAUAAUUUUAUUUAACUGUCCUUUAUUUAAAUCUAGUUGCCGUGUACUUUUGUUGUAGUAUUUUAAGAUUAUUUUGAAGUCGAUCUUUUGAUCAUUCCACGAAGCUUGUACAAAAUAAAACCUUCAGAAGAUUAUGUAGAAUGAAAUUCUAGUAGAUUGUAAAAAGUUGUAUAUUCUUGCCCAGUUGUAAAUACAGGAGAAAAUAGUCCACCAGAGGGGUAAUAACAGAUUUUCUUGAAUUUUGCAAACCUGAAAUCCAAUAUGAAAGCUAGCAAGUGUUCCCAACACCCUACAGUUGUAAGCUUAGUUAGACUGUGUACAUAUUUACUCCAAGCCCCGAGUUCUCGAAACAAACUAAGUUCAAAAACUGACUUAAGUCUGAACUUCUAAAACAAAACUGAGUCAAUUUUUUGCUCACACUGAGUUAGAAACCAGGCAAAACUUUGGUUAAAAAGUUAGCCUACAUGGCAACUUAAGUUUUAAUUCAGACAAAAAUGGCAUUUGCUAAUAGACAUAAGCAGAGAUCGAAGAGACAGGUUAUUUCUAGGGGCUUACCGAUCGUGACAACCCACUGCAAUACGUAUUGGAUGAAGAUUUAUUCCUUAGAUUUAGGUUUGGGGUGAAAACAAUUCUAUACAUCAUGUCACUCGUCCAACAGCUGAGUUUUUGCUGAUAUUGAUUUGAGAAAUGCUUUUGAGUUAAAAACUCAGCUGAUAUUUUUUGCACUCUCAGUUUGAGAUUUAAGUAAAAUUUUAUUUUUGUUUCGAAAAAUCGGGGCCAGAACGACUAUGUUAGUGGGUAGACAUGCUAAUUAUGAUGUCCACACUCGUGACAAUUCUAGUUCUUGAUCAAGAUAUUCAAGUGCCAAUGUGUUUGUGAGAAUGUUUUCUGUCACAAAGUGUUGUUUAAUUAUGAAACCAAUGUGUCCUCUGGUUAUGCUUCAUGUGUGUUUAGUCAGCAGAAUAUUGAUGUGAGUAUUUAAUGUACAGUGAAACAGGUGCCCUGCCUAUCCCAGCAUGACUUGCUGUGUGGACACUGUUGUACAGAGGGGUGUACAUAGGUCCUUGUGUCUACAUCGUUGCUGCUGUAACAAUACAGGUUACUGUAACAAUACAGGUUACUGUAGUUGUGUUGUUUUUUCCUGGCUGUAGAUAGUCCUGAGAUAGGUUCACUGAAGCCCUGAUAAUGUUCUGAUAAUGGAUAGACUUACAAAAGCCCUGGUAAUGGAUAGAUUUACUGAAGCCCUGAUAAUGGAUAGAUUUACGAAAGCCCUGAUAAUGGAUAGAUUUACGAAAGCCCUGAUAAUGGAUAGAUUUACGAAAGCCCUGAUAAUGGAUACUUUUAAAAAAGCUCUGACAAUGCAAGAUUUACGAAAGCCCUGAUAAUGGAUAGACUUACUAAAGCCCUGAUAAUGGAUAGAUUUACGAAAGCCCUGAUAAUGGAUAGAUUUACUAAAGCCCUGAUAAUGGAUAGAUUUACAAAAGUUCUGAUAAUGGAUAGAUUUACUAAAGCCCUGAUAAUGGAUAGAUUUACGAAAGCCCUGAUAAUGGAUACUUUUAAAAAAGCUCUGACAAUGCAAGAUUUACGAAAGCCCUGAUAAUGGAUAGACUUACUAAAGCCCUGAUAAUGGAUAGAUUUACGAAAGCCCUGAUAAUGGAUAGAUUUACUAAAGCCCUGAUAAUGGAUAGAUUUACAAAAGUUCUGAUAAUGGAUAGAUUUACUAAAGCCCUGAUAAUGGAUAGAUUCACUAAAGCCCAGAUAAUGGAUGUUUCACUAAAGCCAUGAUAAUGGAUGUUUCUCUAAAGCCCUGAUAAUUGAUAGAUUUACAAAAGCCCUGACAAAAGAUAGAUUUACUGGGACCAAAGUCUUUACCAGGUAACACAAACUCAGGUAUGGAAACAUUGUUGAUGUGUUACAUGGGCAAAUCGACCGUCGGAAUCUACUUUCAAAUUAUCAAAACAGGUAUACCGGAUGAAGUUUAUCAGAAGUGUUAAGAAGAGAAAAUAGUUACUAAAUUGCAAGUAUACAUCCAAAGACCGUUGGCCUGUCCCACACAGUGAAUACCCUGAAAGUAUGUUUUAGUUAAAAGUAUUGCAGUUACCAUUGUAAGUAUGUUUAUAGGUGUGUUUUUAUGUCAUGUAUGGCGGCAGUUACAACAUGGGUGAUUUAUAUAUCUCUUUCUGAGAGUCACGUUGAUGUUGCUGUUGCUGUUGCUGUUGCUGUCCCCCAUGUGUACACGACCAGGGGUGUAGAGAUACACGGUCUGUGAUCCUGUUGUUUUCUUGUUAUUGUCAAGAUAUACCGAACAAAAAUAUUUAGGGAUCAUAAAUAUUUUUUGGGAUAUUUUUUAUGAAAUUGUCAUCACUAAUAAAGAAUAUGCCCCAAAAUAUUCAUGAUCCCUAACUGUUUUGUUUUGUAUAAGAUCAUUUUUUAACUGAUUAACUUGCACACUACGAGGGAAUGAAUUAUGUUUAUUUGAGAAACCACCUGAGCCAUUCCAAAAGAGAAAGAAUUAUUUAGAUUUUGUUUGAAACUCUAUGUUCUGCCAUGUUCAUCAGUGUUUCAUGUUUUAAGAAUUUAGUCCAAGAAUCUCAAAUUGGUGCUUUCAUAACCACAAAGUAAGAAACUGUACCAGUUCGUGAAUUCUGUUCUUAACAUCUUCACGCCAUUUGAAAUUGAUGGAAUUUACAGAACCAAACUAUUCAUGCAAAUUUCCAUCAUAAUUCCAACUUAACAUCAUGCUGUGAUUCUGUCCAGUUUCCCCAACAUUAUUCACAUCCUUCAUCACACAAUCAUCUCCAUGUCUGUAGCAAUGUUGGGAGGAAGACUUGAAGUUACUUUAACCUUUUUCUUUAAAUUUUUCGUUUCUUUUGGGCAAUUCAGAAAGUGAUUUUAGCCCUGUGAACAUCACUUGUUUGAACACAGGGAGCGAGGUAGUACACUGGAUUGUGUGUUCCCUGUUCCUGACUAUGACCUGGGUUUGAUUCUUAAGAUGAGCAGUGAUGCAGCUACAAUAGGGUCACAAAUUACAGCCCUAUUCACUUGGAUCAUGGGGAUGUUGGAGAUUUUAUAAGCGCUUCGGGUAGAGAUGAUUUCACACUGUUUCCAUUCACACGCUUCAUCAGUGGACGGAGGUGGCCGAGUAGUUAAGGUCCUCUCUCUUCACAAUGACCUGGGUUUGAAUCCCUACAUAUGAAGCCUGAAUCCACUGCUUAAUGUGGCCUGACUAUUGAUAAGGUGGUGUAAAAACAAACCUCACAUUCUUCUGAUUGUAAACACCUUCAACUUACCCUCAGAUCAGUCUUGUUAUUAGGGCAGGGACGAUACACCAACUGUGCGAUCCGAUACGUAUCACGAUACCUUGUACACGAUCCGAUACGUAUCACAAUACCUUGUACACGAUCCGAUACGUAUCACAAUACCUUGUACACGAUCCGAUACGUAUCACAAUACCUUGUACACCAUCCGAUACGUAUCACAAUACCUUGUACACGAUCCGAUACGUAUCACGAUACCUUGGAUACGAUUCGAUAUGUAUCACGAUACCUUGUACACAAUCCCAUAUGUAACUUGAUACCUUGUACACGAUCUGAUACGUAUCACGAUCCAAUAUGUAUCACGAUACCUUGUACACGAUCCGAUACGUAUCACGACACCUUGUACACGAUCCGAUACGUAUCACGACACCUUGUACA